CGAAGCGAAAUGUUGAAAAGAACAAAUUCAGUAUCAUGGGUCUUACGCGGGUCAUAUGUGACAGGUGCGACUGUCUCAUAAACACCUGUUGUCAGAUGUACAAGUUUAUAAAACAGGAACGACGUUACCAGCCUGGCAGCAUGGUGUCGGCGUCCAUGAUGUUAACGCUGUUUGUGUCGCCUCUGUUGGUGAUGAUGGCGUCUGCAGUCACUGUCAACCUGAACGGUCUGCAGUAUGUGGGGAUAGGCUACAACUUGCUGAAGGCCAACCCUGAGGGUGAGGACACGGUGCCCAGGGGGGGGAUAGACCCGGGCGUUCUUCUCACCCGGCACAUCUUCAAACUGACCGGGAAAGACCCACCGGAAGCCGAGAUUGCUCAAGGUCGUCUCGACUGCGCGACGGAGGAAUAUGUCUACUUUGGUCAGAAGUCCUACCAAACCAUGCUGUCGCGUCGGGUAGACACCUCCUUUGGUGGUAAAAUAGGCCAGUUGCUCGCCAGCUUCUCCUUCGGGAUGAGUUCCAGCUCCCAACACGCCAGUACCCAGACCAAUGUGGAGAAGAACGUGUUCUGGCAGCAAGAGAGUGCCUGCAACAUUGGCCAGGUGCGCUAUCUGGACGAGCUGGCACCGACACAUAACUUCUCUGUGACGGAGAACUUCGCGGCGGCUGUCUGUGCCCUGCCCGACACCUACAACGCUGCUGCAUACAUGAACUUCAUUGACACCUGGGGCACGCAUGUGAUCACAACAGCCGACCUUGGGUACCGAACCAUCACCAGAUACAAGAGUUCUCUGACGACCUUCGUUGAAUACGUCAUGCAGAAGUCUGGGACAUCCAUCACCUUCGGUGGUCGCUACAAUCAGUACAGCGGAUCUGUAGGUGUCGACCUGAACAAGUUUCAACACGACACCACCUUCAGCAGCCACUUUGGUAGCUUACAGUUCAGCUUCAAAAUCGGGACACCUGACCACCCAGAACCUCUGUGGUUUGAAGUUCGCCCACUGAACUACGCCCUGAGCGCCGCCUACUGGCAGGUCUACUCGUCUUGUUCAGGCAACACUCAGCUGUCUCUCGCCAAGAGACAGACCUCUCUCCUCACAGCUCUCCAGGCUUACCCGACACUGAAGAAGCAGCAACUGGCAUCAGAUAUCGAGCUGAAAAUCCCACUGAUAUGGCCGCUGGGGACGUACGGUUUGAUGCAGGCCAAGACUGGCUGCCCCACGGGUGGUGCAUCAUGGGCUGAGGGGUGGCGCUACGAAGACUUGGAAAAUACAUUGACUCUAAACCACGCCUCAAGCAACAUACACCUCAGAGGAAGCUUCCCGGACAAAGGAAAUUUCAAGUACUACUUCUGUAUGAAGGGGAAGCCGAAGGUCAGUGACUGGGACAUGGAUUGGCCGGCAGGGGACUACUGCAUCCUCAAGUAUGGGAACUGCCCUUCAGGCUUCCGAGACGGCUACAUCCAGCUUGACGACAAUGACAUCCCCAACAGAAACAGUCAUGGCGGUACACUACCUGAUGGGGAUUUUGGCAAGAAUACACACAUCAACUUUUGUUGCAGAGAUGACGGGAUGCCCACCAACCCGGUGUACCUGCCCACAGAGAAACCCUUCUACCUGUUCCUGUACAACCGAGGCUGCCAACAAGUGCACGGUAUGGCACUCACCACGGAAUACCUCGUCUACGACACAGAAGACACCACAACCCGGGAUCACUUCGGGGGGUCUCACCCCGGUAUAUUUUAUACUGGGCGCAAACCCGGGAUACACUUCUGUUACUAUUCGCCUCCACACUACAGCGGGCCCAUCAUUGGGUGAAUGGUUAUUACAGUACCCGAUCAUGUGGAAUAAAGAGGAUAUUGGAAGCAAA